UUUCACAUCGUUACUAUGACUAUGACUUCAUCCAUAUCAUCAUAUAACAAAUUAAAUUUAUAUAUUUUCUCACAUCAUUAACCAUCUAAUAACAAUCUAUCCCUCAAUCAACAAAACUAUCUUCGUCAAAAAAAAAAAAAAAACUAUAGAAACAAUGAAAACCAAUAAUUACAAUGAGGAAGAAACCAAUGGUAAUCACCAUGUGAUAGAUAUCUUCAAAAUAGACACAGAAAGGUUAGCUUCAAUGCAAAACAAAAUUUCAGAAAACCCAAAAUUGUUAAGCAAAUCCGCAGGAAAAACAUCUUGUUGCAUCUUCAAGGUACCACAAAGCCUAAUUGAAGCAAAUGGAAAAGCAUACCAACCUCGUAUAGUUUCCAUAGGACCUUACCAUCGUGGACAACCUCGUUUCAACAUGAUCGAAGAACAUAAAUAUCGUUACCUCGGUUCUCUUCUCACAAGAACACAAUUACCCUUAGAGGAAUUGUUAAAAGCCAUUGCUCCAUUAGAAAAUGAAGCUAGAGAGUGUUACUCCGAAACAAUUCAGCUUGAUCCGCACGAAUUCGUUGAAAUGUUGGUUCUCGAUGGUUGUUUCAUUAUAGAGUUGUUUCGAAAAGUUGCAAGAUUAGUACAUUUUGAAGUUGAUGAUCCACUUGUUAACAUGGCAUGGAUUUUACCAUUUUUUUAUAGAGAUUUUCUUAAGCUUGAAAAUCAAAUCCCUUUCUUUAUUCUUCAACGCUUAUUCGAAAUUUCAAAACCACCUCAUGAAAAUUCAACGGUAACCCUUUCAUUUCUUGCUAUGGAAUUCUUCAACAACUCGUUACAAAGACCGGAAGAAGUAGUUAAAGUGAUAACCUAUAAAAAUGAAGUAAAAGGGAAGCAUUUACUCGAUUUGGUUCGUUCGAGUUUUAUUCCAAUCGAUGAAUUAGAAAAAGAACACCAAAGUGUCACUACACCAACCCACGUGAUCCAUUGUGUCUCAAAACUUCGUCGCGCGGGGAUUAAGAUCAAUCCAGGAAAAAACAACGAAAAAGAGAGUUUCUUGAAAGUGAAAUUCAAACACGGCGUGAUAGAAAUGCCAACAAUAACAAUGGACGAUUUCAUGAGUUCAUUUUUAUCAAACUGUGUCGCAUUCGAACAAUGUUACAUUGGUUGUUCAAUGAAAUAUGUAACAACCUAUGUAACAUUUUUGGAUUGUUUAAUAAAUACUUAUAGAGAUGUUGAGUAUUUAUGUGAUAGGAACAUAAUUGAGAACCAUUUUGGAACAGAAGGUGAAGUGGCAAGUUUUAUUAACAAUGCUGGAAAAGAUGUUGCAGUUGAUUUUGAUUCAUGUUAUUUGUCUAGUUUGUUUAAUGAGGUUCAUGAAUAUUAUAGAAAUAGUUGGCAUGUUCAAUGGGCUAGUUUUAAAUACACUUAUUUUGAUACACCUUGGUCGUUUAUAUCUGCUUUGGCUGCAUUGGUAUUGUUGGUUCUUACGGUUGGUCAGACAUAUUUUGCAGCUUAUCAGUAUUUUGAUGCCUAAUGUUCUUUGAUUAGAGAGACAAUGGUGUUAUUAGUUUUUUUUUUUUUUUUGGAUUAUGUAACACAAAUUGUUUGUGUAAUUAAAGAUUUAUUGAUUUUUAUUCUAAGCUUAAAUAUCUGAUCACUAUGUUUAUUAUGAUGGCAUGAGAGAGGAAACUGGAUUUGGCGCAGUUACAUCAAGACGAUGUAACAUAUCUAGUCUGUCUGAUUUUCAGCUGACAUUUGAGA